CAGCGUACAACGCUCGGCGGUCGCUCAUCAGUGCCCCCGGAAGUACUUGCGAAUGAAUCAGGAAAUGAUGAAGUCCAUGAGGCCUGUAGGAGGGCUGAAGUGAGAAGGAAGAAGAGAUUUCUGCAGAUUCAUUUCGGGGACUGGAUUGUCAGUGACCAAGUAUCAGGAUCUACACCCCAGUCUGUGUGACAGCACCCUGCCGGUCACCAUGCCGGCCUUGCUGGAACGCCCCAAGCUCUCUAAUGCCAUGGCUAGGGCAUUGCAUCGACAUAUAAUGAUGGAACGGGAGAGGAAGAGACAGGAGGAAGAGGAGGUGGACAAGAUGAUGGAACAGAAAAUGAAGGAGGAACAGGAGAGGAGGAAGAAAAAGGAAAUGGAAGAAAGGAUGUCACUGGAAGAGACCAAAGAACAGAUCCUUAAACUGCAAGAGAAGCUCCUGGCCCUACAAGAGGAGAAGCACCAGCUCUUUCUACAGCUCAAGAAAGUUUUACACGAGGAGGAGAAAAGGCGCCGUAAGGAGCAAAGUGACUUGACAACGCUUACAUCUGCAGCAUAUCAACAGGGUCUGGCUGUGCACACAGGGACACAUCUUCUCAGCAUGCAAGGAAGCCCUGGAGGACACAGCAGACCAGGAACUCUCAUGUCUGCUGAUAGGGCCAAGCAGAUGUUUGGACCCCAAGUGCUCACGACCCGUCAUUUUGUGGGGUCAACAGCUUUUGCAGGAACCUCAGAACACGGGCAAUUCCAGGGUAGCCCUGGAGGGGCCUAUGGGGCAGCCCAGCCCCCACCUCACUAUGGACCUACCCAGCCAGGCUAUAGUCCCAGCCAACAGCUCAGAGCCCCUUCAGCUUUUCCUGCUGUUCAGUACCUGUCACAACCACAGCCACAGUCCUACGCAGUACAUGGCCAUUAUCAGCCAACACAAACAGGGUUCCUGCAACCUGGCAAUGCUCUGUCUCUUCAGAAACAGCUGGAACAUGCUAAUCAGCAGUCUGGCUUCUCUGAUUCGUCUUCUCUUCGUCCCAUGCAUCCCCAAGCUCUGCACCCAACUCCUGGGCUCUUAGCCACACCCCAACUUCCUGUACAGAUGCAACCAUCAGGAAAGUCAAGCUUUGCAGCUACCAGCCAAUCAGGUCCCCGACUCCCUUUUAUUCAGCACAGCCAGAACCAGCGUUUUUAUCACAAGUGACUUGAUUCAGGGUAAUGUCCAUCUCCAACUAAUAAAAGUUAUGUAUAUUGUCA